UGGGAGGUGACAGAACUGUCUUCGGUUUGUCGGCCAGACUGAGAAACUUCACGCUGUUACGGGUGUGGCUUUAUACGUGAUAAAUCUUUACGAAGAGAAGAAUGCAUAACGGCACUCACACACUGAACGACUAAAUUAAACACAGCGGAAGAAGGAAAAAAAUAGAAUAGCUUCUUCACAGUGGCAGUCCUGAAGCGUGCACUUGGAACCAUGGGGUGCACAGUGAGUCAGGAAGAUAAAGCUGCACAAGAGCGGUCCAAAAUGAUUGACAAAAACCUUCGAGAAGAUGGGGAGAAGGCGGCGAGAGAAGUGAAACUGCUCCUGUUGGGUGCUGGAGAGUCGGGGAAGAGCACUAUUGUGAAACAGAUGAAGAUCAUCCAUGAGGAUGGCUACUCAGAAGAGGAGUGUAAGCAGUACAGAGCUGUGGUCUACAGCAACACAAUUCAGUCCAUCAUGGCCAUCAUCAAGGCCAUGGCCAACCUCAAGAUCGACUACGAAGACGCAGCCAGAGCGGAUGAUGCCCGCCAGCUGUUUGCCCUGUCGGGGGCUGCUGAGGAGCAGGGCAUCCUGCCAGAUGACCUGUCCAAUGCCAUGCACCGGCUGUGGGCCGACGGAGGGGUGCAGGGCUGCUUCACCCGCGCCCGCGAGUACCAGCUCAACGACUCUGCUGCCUACUACCUGAAUGACCUGGAGAGGAUAGCCAAAGCAGACUACAUCCCCACACAGCAGGACGUGCUGCGGACCAGAGUGAAGACCACUGGCAUUGUGGAGACACACUUCACCUUCAAAGACCUACACUUUAAAAUGUUUGACGUGGGCGGUCAGCGUUCCGAGAGGAAGAAGUGGAUCCACUGCUUUGAGGGAGUCACAGCCAUCAUCUUCUGUGUGGCCAUGAGUGCCUACGAUCUGGUGCUGGCUGAGGAUGAGGAGAUGAACCGGAUGCACGAGAGCAUGAAGCUGUUUGACUCCAUCUGUAACAACAAGUGGUUCACAGAGACCUCCAUCAUCCUCUUCCUCAACAAGAAGGAUCUGUUUGAGGACAAGAUCACACACAGCCCCCUGACCAUUUGCUUCCCGGAGUACUCUGGUCCCAACAAAUUUGAGGAGGCGCAGGCCUACAUCCAGACCAAGUUUGAGGACCUGAACAAGAAGAAGGACACCAAGGAGAUCUACAGCCACUUCACCCAAGCCACCGACACCAAGAACGUUCAGUUUGUCUUCGACGCCGUCACCGACGUCAUCAUCAAGAACAACCUGAAGGACUGUGGUCUCUUCUAGAGCCUGAGGAAUAGUCAAGCUCUGACUAUAAGGAAGUUUGGAAGAAAAACGUUGUGAAGGAAUGCACUGGCCAACCACGAUUUCGGCUUUGCUCUGCUUUUUUUAAAGGCACCUAAGAGACUGAGAACUCGGAGAGCAUUGCAGAAUAUCAACGAUUGCUGAUCCAGUUGCUCAUAUUGUUAACUCUUUGGGCUAAGACCACAAAUCAAACAUUUGUUAUUGUUUUUUUUUCUUAGUUUAUUUUCAAUUAUUAGAGGCAUUGGAAAAGGUUUUUAUAUAAAUGUGUUCAUUUUACUUUAGAAAAUCUGAUGUGCAUUGCAAAUUCUAUUAAACUUUUAAUCGCAUAAAGCUUAUUUUGUAAAACAAGAACAUGCAUGGAUAAAGAUUAUGAAUGGAAAAAGGACGUGCUUUUUUUAUCAUGUUUACAUAUGUUCCUCAUUCAUAGCCAAACUGCAUAUUUUUCCUGCAUGACUCGAGAUGGCAAAUAUAUUAGCUCUGUAAUCUGCACAGAAUAUUUUAACAUUCCUUUUACAAAAUCUAAAUAAAAAUAUUAAAAAGUAAAACAAAAAACCUUCACAACCAGGGGAAGGAAUGGCAAAAAUUCUAACUGAUUUAAAGUAUGUGUGUACCUAACAACAUAAUUUUUUAUAAUACCAAUUCCAUGUCUUUUGCAGUAUGUUUGUGCCUUCACUUAAGUUUACAGCCGAUUCAUAGAUAUGCUUUUAUCAGUACUGUUUGACCGACUGUAUGCCUACUUUUUUCUUCCAUUUUUCUCACAACAUCUUAAUGAUAAAUAGAUUGAGGAAAGACAAAAUCUAAUUGGGAAAGGUUAGUUUUUUGGUCAAUAUUAAAAGGCUUUGAAAGUCUUAUAUAAUGAUUUAAUUUAAAUAAAAAUAAAGAUCACCUGAUUUA